GGCUCAGAGAGUCACCGCUACCCACAACAAGCGGCCGUGGUGUGUCCCCGGUGCGGACAGGUUACCGGACGUUAUUCCCUGUGUCGGAGCCCGCACACCGCAGCCAUGCCGCGUAUCAUGAUAAAGGGAGGCGUGUGGAGGAACACCGAGGAUGAAAUCCUCAAGGCGGCGGUUAUGAAAUAUGGCAAAAACCAGUGGUCUCGUAUUGCCUCUCUUCUGCACAGGAAGUCCGCCAAGCAGUGCAAGGCCCGAUGGUACGAAUGGCUGGACCCCAGUAUUAAGAAGACAGAAUGGUCACGUGAGGAGGAAGAGAAGCUGCUGCAUUUGGCCAAGCUAAUGCCCACGCAGUGGAGAACAAUAGCCCCCAUCAUUGGCAGGACUGCCGCCCAGUGUCUGGAGCACUAUGAGUACCUACUAGAUAAAGCGGCUCAGAGAGACAAUGAGGAGGAGGCAGCUGAUGACCCUCGGAAGCUUAAACCUGGAGAAAUCGACCCAAAUCCCGAGACCAAACCUGCCAGGCCUGACCCCGUGGAUAUGGAUGAAGAUGAGCUUGAGAUGUUAUCUGAGGCCAGAGCUCGUCUUGCUAACACCCAGGGUAAAAAGGCCAAGAGGAAAGCGAGAGAGAAGCAGCUAGAAGAAGCCAGGCGUUUGGCAGCUCUUCAGAAGAGGCGAGAACUGCGAGCAGCAGGGAUCGAGAUACAGAAGAAGAGGAAAAAGAAGCGCGGCGUCGAUUACAAUGCUGAGAUCCCGUUUGAGAAAAAGCCGGCCCCAGGGUUUUAUGACACCUCUGAGGAGAACUAUGACGCACUGAACGCCGACUUCAGAAGACUGAGGCAGCAGGACCUGGACGGGGAGCUCAGAUCAGAAAAAGAAGCUAAGGAGAGAAAGAAGGACAAGCAAAAUAUCAAGAGGAAAAAGGAGUCAGACCUGCCGGCAGCGAUCCUCCAGACAACCGGCGGGGUGUCCGAGCUGACUAAGAAGAGAAGCAAGUUAGUUCUACCUUCACCUCAGAUUUCUGAUGCAGAGUUAGAAGAAGUGGUGAAGGUCGGACAAGCCAGUGAGAUUGCCCGGCAAACGGCUGAGGAAUCUGGAAUCACCAAUUCUGCAUCCAGCACCUUAUUGUCUGAAUAUACUGUUGCGAAUAACAGCAUUGCCCUCAGAACGCCAAAAACACCAGUGGCCCAGGACCGCAUACUGCAGGAAGCUCAGAACCUUAUGGCACUUACAAACGUGGACACCCCUUUGAAGGGUGGGCUCAACACGCCUCUGCACGAGAGCGAUUUCUCUGGUGUGACACCUCAGAGACAAGUGGUCCAGACUCCAAAUACUGUGCUGUCCACACCGUUCAGAACCCCAUCUCAAAGUUCAGAAGGUCUAACCCCACGAGGUGGCAUGACCCCCAAACCAGUUAUUGGUGCCACACCAGGGAGGACACCGCUGCGGGACAAACUGAACAUCAAUCCAGAGGAUGGAUCAGUGGAUUACAAUGAUCCAACAUACGUUAAGCAUCUGGAAAGGGAGUCUCGUGAACAGCUGCGUCUUGGAUUGAUGUCUCUUCCUACUCCGAAAAAUGACUUUGAGAUUGUCUUACCCGAAAAUGCUGAACGAGAACUAGAAGAGCGAGAUCAAGAGGACUCCUUCAUAGAGGAUGCUUCAGAUGUGGAGGCGCUAAAACAGGCGGCCAGAGAUGCACAGCGAGCGAAGGAACUGAAGCAGAGACAUAAAGCUGUGCAAAAAGAAUUACCAAGACCCAAUGAAGUAAACGAGACGAUCUUGAGGCCUGUGAAUGUCGAGCCGCCUCUUACUGACUUGCAGAAAAGCGAAGAAAUGAUCAAGAAGGAGAUGAUAACAAUGUUGCACUAUGACUCCCUGCAUCAUCCGUUUGGUGAUAAUUCGGGGAGUAAGAAAGGGAAAGCCCCCGGCUCUGUCUCCACCAGUGCAGAACAUGCGUCGUAUCUGGAGCAGAGCCCGUAUGACAAGAUCUCAGAAGAUGAGCUCCGGCAUGCGGAGGAGCUUCUGCAGCAAGACAUGGAGGUGGUGAAGCAAGGUAUGGGCCAUGGAGACCUGUCGCUGGACGCCUACAACCAGGUGUGGGAGGAAUGUUACAGUCAGGUGCUUUACCUACCCGGACAAGGGCGAUACACCAGAGCGAACCUGGCCAGUAAGAAGGACAGAAUCGAGUCUCUGGAGAAGAGGCUGGAGAUAAACCGAGGGCACAUGACUGCGGAGGCAAAAAGAGCGGCAAAGAUGGAGAAGAAGUUGAAGAUUAUUCUGGGCGGUUACCAGUCUCGAGCAAUGGGACUUAUUAAACAGCUGAAUGAAGUAUGGGAUCAGUUUGAGCAGGCCAACCUGGAGCUGAAGACCUUUGAGGAGCUGAAGAAACACGAGGACAUCGCCAUCCCCAGGAGGAUAGAGUGUCUUAAAGAAGACGUGCAGCGACAGGAGGAAAGAGAGCGGGAGCUCCAGCAGCGAUUUGCAGAACUACUUUUGGAGAAGGAAGGCUCAGUACCCAAAUACUAAGCGCUGUGGAUGUCUCCAGCCCGGCCACGUCUGCAUGUGCUUGUCCUGCCACCUGUCAUCAGUACAGAUCUGCUCUGUGAAUCUGCCGUGUCGUGAGCCGCACUGUAUACCCUCGUCAAACCUGAAGUCCUAUCGAUGCGUUAUGAGACGCAUCUGGUUUAAGGACUUUCACCGAAGCGAGAAGAACAGUGACAGUGAUAUUUUUUUUGUGAGAGCCCCCCAUAAAUUCAUGUGAUGGUGUGAGGUGACGCUCUGUCAGCGUGGAGGCUUGCUUUCUUUUGCCACCUGUCUGUUUUUCCUGUCCAGGCAAAUCAUUCAUUCCAUUGAAUGUAGUUCGCGGCAGCGUUGGAUCAGUCUUUAACCUCGGAGGUUUUCAUUGCCUGCGGAUUAUUGAUGUACAAUAAAUAUCAUUGUAAA